AUGGCGAAGUUCCGCGUGCCACCGCUGUACAAGUCCAAACAUCGAAAGGGCAAAGUAAUGGACCUCGUCGUGUUUGGCUUUCCAAUUAGCAAGAACUACCUUCUACAAUUCGCCGACGCACACAACAUUCUACUCAACGACCAGGAUACCUUUCAACGUUCACUAGCCGCCUACAUACACAUGGGGUUGGAGGUCGAGAAACAUUUCGAUGCUCGCCUCGUCGAUGUGUGGGAUAGAGACGACGGCUCAGGCGACAAUGCACAUUUCUCCGUCGCCAUUGCUUCCAACAGGACCAGGAGGCACCUGAGCCGCAUGAGGACGUAUCGGUACCUUGAAGCACUUGCUAAGUUCUUGGGCCUAGAUCCUGAGGGAGCAGGAUGGAUGUACCCAGAACGAGAUAAUAUUGUGGAAUUGAUCAGAGAAGGCAGCACGGUUGUUUAG